CGCAGCGCGUGAGCAGUCGGUUACCUACUCAGUAUCUUCUUGCGCGUCGGCCCACUCACACGCGCGCCGCGUGUCAACCACCACCACUCGUUCUCGCGUACACCAAUUGCACGUGCUUCGCCGAAUCGUGUUCAAUAAUUUUAUUUUUAUUUUUGUAUAGUCGUAAUUUUUUGUGUCACUGGUUUAUGAAUUUUUUAUUUAACUUUUUUUUUUAUAUGAAUAAGAAAACGCAGGACAAGAGGUGAAGUUGUCGAUUGACGAAACAUAAUAUUAUCUACUCCAGAUAAUUUAUUACAUAUUUAAUCUGUGUUUCGCGAAGUUCAAAAUCGGCUUUCAAUCGCAAUCGGCAGUUGUAAUCAGUAAUUUUGUCGUCACGAAAAAAAUCAUUGUCAAGACUGUCUUACGAGUGCGACGAUGACCGGGCAGCGAUGACAUGGAGGCGGCAGCCAGCGUGGUACAGAUGACUGGAGGCGGCGGACGGGUGGGGAUGAACACGGACAUGUUCCUGUUGCCGUCCCACGGCCCGUUCACGUCGCCGCCGGGUGUGAUCAUCACGACGGGAUCACCGAACACGGGUGUCCACCAGUACGCCGCGGCCACGCUCACCUUGUUGCGGCGCGACGCCUGGGUGCUGCCGGUGCUCAUACUGUCGGUGCUCACCAUGACGCUGAUAAUGACUUUCGAGGUGUUCGUGCUGUGCAAGACGAGAAAGACGGAGCCCAGCCGGAGACAUCUAUUCCUAGGACAGGCUUUGCUGGGCGGGCUGUUCGUGUGCGCGGCAGUCAGCGGGCUCAUGUGCACACAGCCAACUGUGCUGACGUGCGCGACCGUCCGGCUGUGCACCGGGCUCGGGUACUCGAUGGUGUUCGGCACGUUGCUAGUCAAGUGCGUGUUCCUCAUCAGCCUCAACGGCGGCGUCUACUUGCCCGCACCGUACCAGGCGCUAUUGCUGUUCUUCACCGUGGCCAUACAGCUGGCCAUCGGCGUCCAAUGGCUCAUCUACACACCUCCGCAACUCCUAUCGUCCCAGUGGACGAGCAGCCUGGACAACAGCUGUGACACCAAGUACCAGCACAUGCUCGGCUCGCUGGUGUACGCGGCCGGCCUGCUGUUGGCCGUCACCGUGUUGGCCAUCAAGUCACGGCACAUACGGGACAACUACCGCGAGGCGAUGUACAUCGGGCUGGCCGUCGGCUGCACGGCGCCGCUGUGCGUCGGCUGGGCCGUGGCCGGGCUGUGGGCCACGCAGCCUGGCGACCAGGACGGAUGUCUGGCGCUGGGCCUGGGCGCCACGGCCGCGCUAGUGCUACUCGUCAUGUUCAUGCCCAAGGGCCGACAGCUGGCCGCCAUGGGCCGGGACGGCCUGUACGACGAGGACAAGCUCAGCACGCUCAGCAGGCCCGCGUCCCCGUCCUUCUUCCACUUCAAACCGUUCAUGACGCCAAUGAAGCACACGUCGACGAUCAACACGUUCGGAGACCGAGUGGCGCUCGUAGCCCCGCCGACGUACGCUCACCACUAUUACCCGUACUGUUAUUAUCCUCACCACGGACUCGGCGCCGGUGGUGGUGGAGGCGGUGGUGGAGGAUUGAUGGGUGGCGGAGGUGGUCACCACGGAGGUCACAUGCAGCAGCCCGUUUACUCGAGAUGUCCACCCGAUAUGUGCAAUUUCUCGGGAAUGGACAAUAGCAUUUACACCACGAUGGAGCCGACCAUGUCCAACAACCCCAACGUGUUUUUUCACCGUUCCGGUAUCCACCCCGGAAUGAUGUACUGAUUAUUGUUUAAGUGAAUACUAUAAUAUUAUAUUAUAUUUGACUAUAUGUUUUUUCUCUCCCGAUUUUAUACACUUUUUUUUUUUUUUUUAUUAUUAUUGUUUAUAAAAUAUUUAAAUAUUAGUAUUUUUAUACAUACAUAUAUAUAUAUAUUUAUAGUAUUGCGCGCAAACGAAUAUUAAACUAUACAUUAUACAUACAAUAUAUAGCGCCCUACGUAUAGUCCUACACACGAAAUACUGAACGUGUAACGGUAAUACCUAUGCCUGUAAUGUAAUAAUAAUGUUAUAUUAUGAUAUCCAUUCGACUAAUAUUCGCCACUCAGAAGAACGCAUCGAUCGGUUAUAGGACGGGGACGCGUGUCGCGCUUCCCUCGCGACAAUAAUCAACGCGGUCGUCCGCGAUGGCCGAACAAGACGUUUUAUACCUUCUCCUCCCACCAUAUGCCCAUAGGCCCCACGGCAUAGGGUGAUACGCCUAUAUUGUUUUGCCCCUCGAUUUUUACAUAUUAUCGCCUUUUAUCACUGCUCCGAUCGGGCCGCAGCAAACGAUUAUAACGUAACGCGAGAGAAAUCUCCGACGAAUUCCUUAAGAAAAUACCACACACGGCAUAAUAGUGCCCACACGGAAGUGUAUACCGUUCACAUACCGGCUAUGUACCUAAACAUAUUAUUAUUAUUAUUAUUAUUAUUGUACUAUUACGGCGGCGCUAUAGAUCGUCGCUGUUCCGACGAGAUUCGAUGCCAUUUUCAAUCGCGACGAUGAUAUUCGUUCGAGAUAAAAUACAUGUUUUUUUUUUUUAUAUAUAUUCUAUUUUUUAGAUUUAAUAACUAUGCUUGUAUAUUAGGUAUAGUAUAUAUAUAUUAGAUAUAAUAUAUUAACAUAUAAAUAUAUGAUACUAGACAUAUUCAUGUAUAAUGUAUUCAAUUUAGUAUAUAAUAUUAUUAUACUAUGUAAGGUAUUAUCUAUAAACGCUAUAUAUAUUAUAUACUUGUUACGCGACAGCAACACAUAUAUAGGUACUUAAUAUUAUAAUAUGCAUAUUGUUGAUAUUAUUAUUAUUAUUAUUAUUAUUUUGUGUGUAGAUCAUUAUAAUAUUAUAUAAUAAUAUACAUAAUAUAUUAAAAAAAAUACCAUCGGAUAGAUUCGGAUUAUAAUAUAGAUGUAUAGUAGAUAAUAUUAUAUUCUCAACAUGUAUAUAAUAUGUAGAACCAAUUUAGCUUUCUUAUGUUUCGAUUUUUUUGAUUUUUUGUUGAUUAUGAAAAUAAAAAUUAUUUUUAAGACCAACUUCAGUGCCAAAAGAUGCGCUUCCAUACAAACGCGUCAUUUAAUAUUAUUAUAGUUUGAGCUAUUUUAUUUUUUAUCAGGCAAAAUGUAUAUAUGUUUUUUGAAACUACUUAUAAUAUAACAUAAUUGUAAUACAAUUGUGUUAAUUCGUUCAAUAUAUAAACAAUUUAUUUUCAUAAUCAUGUACAAUGGAUUAGUAAAAAUCCUACAGUCCUCGAAUAAAGAUAUUGAUUGUUAUUUUUAUUUUUCACAUUGAUCCAGUUAUAUUAAAUUACUAUUGUAUCUUAUAAUUGUGUAGUAAUAAUUUGGUAACGAUUACCAUUAAGAUUGCGUACAAAAUUUAGAGUUGCUAAAAUGUAAGAAAUUAUUGCUUAAAACGAUAUUAAGCAUUACUUAGACGUACGAUUUAAUAACUUGUACAUUUAACUUUUUUACUUCUGUAUACUCUUAAGUGUAUUAUUAUAAUAUUAAGUAUUGUAUGAAUAAUUUAUUGCUCAUUUAAGGUAUAAGAACACUAAAUUCCUUAGAAAUAAGAUAUUUUUGUAUUUUUUAUGGUAAUAACUCAAUAUGCAAUAAACAGUACAAUGCCUAAAGAACCGUGACUAUACAAUUAAUCCGUU